CGUUCCAAAGCCUCAGGGAGUUGGCUCAAGAGUUCUUGUCUUUGAUAAGGUCCUAGAAACUUUGUUGUAACUUUGUGAUCUGUAAAAUCGCCAGUAAAAAUUAUUAGAAUGUUUUUAGUUUUUUUCACCGCGGCCAUCAAUUCACCAGCCUCUGAAAACAUGAAAAGAUAAAGGAUGAAUAUGUGCUGGUGAAUUUGAAUGCGCUGUGUUCUUUUUGAAAGGGAAAGGGGGAGUAUUGUUUUCUAUGUUGCUUCCGGGACUAGGCUGUCGGUUCCUUCCUUUGAAGUGCGCUGUUUUACGCUGAGCCCAGAACGUAUUGGAAUAGCCUACAGGAGAGACCUACGGUAUGGCAUGGCAGACUGAAACAUUUGCAAAGAAAAGGGGGAAACUAAGCAGGAUUUUUUUCCCCCUGGAAAACUACAUUUUUCUUUCUGCAGCUAACACGAAAAAAAUCGGACUGUGAAGGGGUCUGUCGUGGAAUCGACUAUUGUGGAUUAUUUUUCUGUGGAUAAGAUAACGGAUACUUUUGGAAGACCGAACUCGUGGAUCGAUGAGAGAAGACUGGCAGAGAAGCUCCCCGGCUGACUAUAGAGAGUGAGGAGAUUGUUGUAGCGCUCAGAGGCGAACAACGCACAGGAUUUCUGUUGCUGCUGCCUUCGGAGCCAUGAGCAGAGCGCUUAUAUCGGACCAUAUCGCCAAUAGCUUCCGAGAAGAUGCUCCCCGUCCCCCGGUCCCGGGGGAGGAGGGCGAGGUGCUGCCGUGCUACCCCGGCAAACUCGCCAUGAUGAGACCCCAGGGUACCGCGGUCAAAGCGCUAUUGCUCGCGCCUCCCGGUUACAUUGCGAAGAGGAACGAGGAUGGACUUGGGGAACCCGAGGGGAGCGCGUCACCGGAUUCGCCGCUAGCCCGGUGGACCAAGUCGUUGCAUUCUCUUCUUGGGGACCAAGACGGUGCUCAUCUUUUUAGGACAUUCCUGGAGCGCGAGAAAUGCGUCGACACUUUAGACUUUUGGUUCGCCUGUAAUGGUUUCAGGCAGAUGGACCUCAAGGAUACCAAAACGCUGCGAGUCGCCAAAGCUAUUUACAAGCGCUAUAUUGACACCAGCAGCAUAGUUGCCAAGCAGCUCAAGCCUGCGACCAAAACCUUCAUUCGGGAUAAUAUCAAGAAGCAACAGAUUGAUUCGGCUAUGUUCGACCAGGCACAGACUGAGAUCCAGACCAGCAUGGAGGAGAGCCCCUACCAGAUGUUCUUGACCUCGGACAUUUACCUCGAGUAUGUGAGGAGCGGGGGCGAGAACCCUGCUCAUGUGAACCCUAACGGGCUAGGUAGCCUGAAGCUGGUGUGUGGGUACCUGCCCACCCUGAAUGAGGAAGAGGAGUGGAGUUGUAAUGAUUUCAAAGCCAAAGCGCUGGCUUCUGUGGUUGGACUUUCUGCCCAGGCGCUGAGGGCAACAGUGUCUAUGAGAACGGUGGAGGUGAUGGAGAAGGGGUACAGGUCCCACAGGCGAGGGGACCCGGUCAACCCGUACCAUGUGGGCUCAUUUGCCCCAGCCACCAGCACCAACGACAGCGAGGUGUCCAGCGACGCCAUGACAGACGACUCCAUGUCCAUGACCGACAGCAGUGUAGAAGGCAUCCCUCCCUACAAGCUGGGCUCCAAGAAGCACAUGCAGAGAGAGAUGCAGCGCAACAUGAGGAUGAACAGCCAAUUCUCCCUACCUGCCUUCCCUCGGACACAGAGAUGUCCUAAGGAGAUGACUCCGGUAGAGCCGGCAGCGUUUGCGUCUCAGCUCAUCUCUCGUCUGGAGCGUCUGAAAAGAGAACAGGAGACCAUGAGUUCCCUGGAGGAGAGGCUGCAGCAGAUGCAAGAGGAGGAGGAGAGGGACGAGGCUGAGGUGCCCGGCAGUAGUGCCCCCCUGCUCUCCCCCCACCCCCUGUCCCUCCAGCCCACCGGCCCCAACGACGAGGACCCCCAGGCCAUUCUGGACGACCACCUGUCCCGUGUCCUAAAGACCCCUGGCUGCCAGUCCCCCUCCACCGUGGCCCGCCAUUCACCCCGCUCCCGCUCUCCAGAGCACAGGACUCUUUCCCGGGGAGGCCCCGGUCUCAAGCCCCUGGUCUCACCCGGGGCCUCCAGCCCCAGUGGCACCUCCAGCUUAGGGGGCUUCUCAGUAGGUUUCACCCCAGGAAGGGCCCUCUCCCUGGGCAGGCCCAGCAGCAGCACCAAGCACAUCCACCACCACUACAUCCACCACCAUGCCGGUUCCAAGAGCAAGGAGCAGAUGGAGAGAGAGGCAGCCCAGAGAGUGUUGUGUCUGUGUCCGGUGCGGUCUGGAGGGGCGGAGGGGGGUCCCCCUUACCCACGCAGUCGCAGCCUGGGCAGGGAGAUGGUGUCCUGUGGCAGCAGUCCCGCAGAGUCCAAUAUGGGGCGCUCCAGUUCCCUUUCCCGAGGGGGUUGUCGGUCGGGGGCUGAGGAGGGGGCAGCAGAGGGGGGUGAGGUCGUGCCCCUCCAGCGACCCAGCGACAGCACAGACCGCUCCCAGAACGUGUGGCAGUGGAUCCUGGAGUGUGACCGGCAGGGCAAGCACCACAAACCCCACAGUCCCCAGAGCACUAAGAAGGCGUAUGGCGGUGGAGCGGCGUCCAACCAGACACAUACGUGGGGCGGCGGAGGUGCCAGCGCCCAUCUCCGUGCCCACCAGCCCGCCCAUCCCUUCAUCCAGGACCCGGCCAUGCCCCCCCUGCCCCCUCCCAACACCCUGUCCCAGCUGGAGGAGGCCUGUCGCAGACUAGAGGAGGCCUCCGUCUCCAAACCCCCCAAACAGAGACACUCUACAUCCAGCCUCCAGAGAGAGAAGUGCCACCCUAUGCCUGUCCAGAGUGGGCCCUGUCCAGUGCCGUCCCCCCUCACCCUCGGUCCCGGCCCCGGUCCCGCUGCUUCUCUCCAAACAGAAGAACUGAGAGACACCAACAGGGUGCUGCAGGUGACGACAGGCUGCCAGGUUGCUCCAGCCAUGGGGAGUGAGACAGAGGUAACCUACUUCUUCUGUGGUGAGGAGAUCCCCUACCGUAGGUGGAUGAAGACACACAGCCUCACACUGGGACACUUUAAAGAACAGCUCCGCAAGAAGGGACACUACAGGUACUACUUCAAGAGGGCCAGUGAUGAGUUUAAGUGUGGAGCUGUGUUCGAGGAGGUGUUGGAUGACAGCUCUGUUCUGCCCAGGUACCAGGGGAAGAUCCUGGGCAAGGUGGAGAGGAUGGACUGAUACCCCUCCAGAAGUACCAGAGGAAUGUAUUACAGAAACGCUCCAUGGACACCACCCCCCUGUUCCACCAGAGAGUCUUAAAGCUAAGGACUGAUGACUGGAGAUUCUGUUGAAGAAGCUUGGCCAAUGAAGGAUGGAGAGUGGAGUCGAGGAGUCGAGGAGUCGAGGAGUAGUGGAGUCGAGGAGUAGUGGAGUCGAGGAGUAGUGGAGUCGAGGAGUAGUGGAGUCGAGGAGUAGUGGAGUCGAGGAGUAGCCAUCAACAGUUGACUUUACAGGACUAUUUAACAACAUCUCGUCUUGGAGAUGAAAGAGGAGAAAAUGGUGGACUGUGGGUUGGGUUUGGGUAUGGGUGUUGGAUUCCAGAAACUAUACGUGAAUUGAAUGACCACUGUCUGAGGGAGUAGGCGGGGUCCUCUGAUACCUGAGAGACUGAGAGGUGAAAGUUGGGACUGGUGCCCUAUCUGAGCCUACCAACAACCCUAGAUGUAUAUGCAGAUGGACAUAUAAUGAUUUUUUUGAUAAAUGUAAAGAGUUUAUAAAUAAUUUAUUGAAAUGUCACUCCCCUCCCCAUAGUCCUGUGGAUGGACAAGCUGCUUGGAGAAUUGGGAGAUGUCGUCUCCAAUAUUUCAAAUGCAAAGUAUUUAGUUUUCCACCCUCCACUUUCCUGCCUUGUCAACUAAUCCUGUGGCAGUGUUUUCUGUUCUGAUCAGUGACUUACUGCCCUAACUUCAGUGUGGUAUAGCGCAGGUACCACAGCCCUGUAGUCUCAUCUCUCAGUGCCUUUGUUUUGUUGCCCAGGCUUUUCACAGGGAACGAGCCCACACUUAGGACAACACUACCCCCGAACUGGCCCUAAACUUGCCCAGAGCACCAAACUACCCCGAACUGGCCCUAAACUGGCCCAGAGCACCAAACUACCCCGAACUGGCCCUAAACUGGCCCAGAGCACCAAACUACCCCGAACUGGCCCUAAACUGGCCCAGAGCACCAAACUACCCCGAACUGGCCCUAAACUGGCCCAGAGCACCAAACUACCCCGAACUGGCCCUAAACUUGCCCAGAGCACCAAACUACCCCGAACUGGCCCUAAACUUGCCCAGAGCACCAAACUACCCCUGAACUGGCCCUAAACUUGCCCAGAGCACCAAACUACCCCUGAACUGGCCCUAAACUGGCCCAGAGCACCAAUCUACCCCAAAUUGCAGAAACAUGCUAACACAGAUUUACACCUGUUAAAGGCAAGCUCACCAAAUGAAUCUAUACCAGCCAAGCUCAACAGUUGUUUUGUGUAUAGCCACCCCUCCUCAUUCCUUGAUGUCCAGGCUUGUGAGCAGAACAACAGAUCUAGGGGUGUAUUCAUUAGGCCGAACAGAAGGAAACUGACAAACGGGGAGGGACUACCUUUCCUGGAUCUGUCCAAUAAGAAAUGCACAUUUUCAUUUUGUUUAGCAAAACCAGUUCUGAUACGUGUCCUAAUGAGUAUGUCUGCCUUCGGGAGACUAGUCCCCCCUCCAAAAAAAAAAACCGUUUUGUCCCCCCACAAAUGUUAGUGGUACUUACACCUCUGAUUGUGUUGAAUUGACCAGUCUCUCCUGUGUGUCUUGUUGACCCUUGACAGAGGAAGAGGUUAUGAUGCUAACACACACUACGAUGCUGCGUCUGAAAUGGAACCCUAUUCCCUAUGACCAGGGCAAGAGUAGUGCACUCCAUAGGGAAUAGGGUGGCGUUUGAGAGGAAGCCGUAGUGUUUAACUGAGUACAGUAGCUGUGCCUACAUGGGUCCCUUUACCGUGUUACUACCCUGUUAUCGGGGUAUGAUACUCCCUUGGUUUUCACAAGGGGCUUAUGUUCAAAAGAGAUUUUAUUACUAUGCCUUUUUACGAUCUCCUUGUAAUCAUGUUUGUUUUAUAUUUUUCAUGGCUUUUUUUUGUUUUAGUUCCACUUGUAUUAAAACUGUAAAUGAUGCAUUCUGUUCUGUAGAGCUCCAUUGGAAAGAUGCCUCGGUACUUUAAUUAAUGUAAUUAUUAUUAUAAAGAGAUGUAGCCUUUAUUAAAAAGUUAUAUUUUUCAAAUGAAA